AUGGACGAAAGCACCCCAAGAGAGCUGAAGCUAAUUAUGGACUAUCUCUCCUCAGAGUGCUACACGGGCACGCUUGACGCACUGGGGUACGGGAAAACCCCCAUACUCAGCAUGCGAGAAAAGAUCAAGGAGCUGUGCAUGUCCGGAAAAGUCGAAGAGAUGUACAAGCUGCUAACCACGGAGCACCCAGGGAUUCUGGACAAAUAUCCGCACGUGGUUUCUCUUAUAUUCAGCCAAAUCUUCAUUGAGUUCAUCCGCAACAACCAGCCAGAGAAGGCUUUGAGCUUUGGGCGCACCUCCAUGCAUGCAGGGCAGGACAUAACCAAAACCCAGGAGCUGUUCUUGCUGCUUGCAUACAAAAACCCAGAAGAGUGCGAGAAAAUGAAAGAGUUUAUGUCUUUUGAAAGGAGAGAAAGAGUGUUCUCCGCUGUGGACGGGAUUAUCAAAGAAAAGACAGCCGGGCGAAAGGCCUCUUUGCUGGAGUACAUCAGCAAGGCAAUAAAGUAUUCUAGCUGCAUGCAAAAAGAGGAGUGA